AUGUCGUUACAAGCUAAAGAACAGUCAAUUGAUGCAAGUGUUGGUUUAGACCAGUUGUCCAUAGACGACAUGGAAGUUGAUGUCACUUCUCCGAUUGUUAUCUCAGAUGAUAGUGAUAAUGAAGAUGAUGAUGGUGGUAUUUGUGAUGGUUUCGUUGAUAUCAAGGCUGAAGCGACUAACGGAAGCAAGAAUGUUGGUGCUGGCGUCUCCGUUAGUCAAGGGUUAGAAUGGGACUCUGCUCCUUUGUCUAAUAGAAAGAGACUUGGUCCUCCUGCUCGUCCCCCUGUCUAUCCAAGCAAGGAUGAAUUAAAUGCUGCGGCUAAUGCUACGCCUAAAGUGGACUUCAUUAACUUUCAGUUAAGAUCAUCAUGGAAGAAAGCGAUAAGACAAAAUAUCGCCCUGACUUUUCAAAACCUCCAAUUCAAGAAAGAUAACCUUGCUUGUCAAUCGGAAGCGGUUGAUAUUGGUGUUAAGAUUUAUGUUAGGAUAAAAGAGUACUUCUUGGACCCUGAAAACUUUGUUUUCACCGAGAAAACCCAAAUCCAUAACAUGGACAUCAUUAACGACGGAAAGUCACUUUGGAAUUAUAAGUCAAUUGUCAUUUCUUGA